AUGGACAGUAUAAAACAUACAAAUACUCCUCCUGGCACCAGAGAUGCUUUGGUAGAUACUGAUAGUAUUGAAAACCGGAAGCAGGAAUUUUCUCUCGAAAGCUCCUCUUUUACAACCUUUUCAACUGUAAAAACCAAAGUUAAUCAUAAUGAAUCCAACUUAUAUCAACUUGAUAAAAACAAUGAGCCUUCUAAGAGAGAGGAAUCAUCUCCAAUUAAGUGAAGUCACAUGACUAAAUUGCAGAAUCAGCUCCUAGAGCAGCCAAAUCUGAGGACAUCUGAGACAAAUCAUGAAGAAUCCUCUGAGAGCACUUUCAACAUCAGCGAAGCCAUCUCAGAUUAAAAGGAGAUUGCUUUUCGAAUUCCAGAAAAAUAUUUUGUAACUACACAUAAAUUGAAGCAAAAAGAAGAGGCCACAACUGCUGAUAUCUUCGAUGUAAUCUCUAUUACCAACCGAUUAAGUGAUGCAGAGAGUAUCUCCACUGACUCAAAGGUGCUGUCAGAUUGUGAUGAGUUCACCCUAAAUUCCAGUAUCAAAAAGAGAGUUUACUCAAAAAGAGUACCAAAAAUUACAUCUCAGCGACACCCACUGGAUGGGCCAGAACCUCCAGACUUUAUUGAAGACAAGACUCAGAGAUUUCCUGACAGCCUUCUGGCAGAAAUCAGGAUUACUGAGACAAUAUUCCAGGAAACUCUGGAAGACCCGCUACUGUUGUUCCUGCCUGAACUCCAUUCAAAGAACAGUGAUGGUGUUGUUCUGAACCAACUGAGACAGUGCUCAUGACUCUUAGAUAAUAGUGAUGACUUUUACUAAAAAAAGCCACAUCAGUACUGAGUCAGGAAAGGAAUCAAGAGGCAAUCAACGAUCAUUGUAAUAGACUCAGGAAAUAACUACCAAUAUCUGUAGAGUAUUUCCAAAUUUGAGCAGAAAGAACAGUAGUAAGCAGCCAGCUGAUGAUUCUCUCAAACCUACGAGCUUUCUGAAGCAAAGCCUCAGAAGGCUGCAGAUGAAAGAGAAUUUCAGCAAUCUUUUCAAGAAGUUACAAAAUUUGUCAAAUACGACUUCCAAACAGACUGGAGGUGGGAUUAUUGGAUAUUUCAUUCCAUAACCCCGAAACAACUGUUUCAGUAGUCAUUAUUUAGACCAAAUUUUGAUACUUUGUUGGAUAUUCAGCAGUUUCUUGGAGCUGUAAAGCUCCAAGACCAAGAAUACAAAUUCCAUCAGCAUCUUGAAAAUUUUUGAUCAUGAAUUUUGGAGCAAGAAAUAUCAGAUUCUCAUCGUAUUCUGAAGAAAAGGUGAUUGCAACCUCAAUAACUUCAGAAAACCAGUAGAAAUAAUGAAUAUCUUCUCUCAAUUCAAUCAAAGACACUUAUUUAAUGAAAUCAGAAGAAAUAAUUCUGAGAGAACUAGGGGGCUCGCUCUGCUAGCCUUCAAAAUGUAAAAUAUUGAAACACUCAAAAAUUUGGAUAAUAUUCCUAAA